AUGAACCCAAAGAUUUCUGACUUUGGCAUUGCCAAAAUCUUUGGAGAUGACGAAACUCGGGCAAUAACCCAAAGAAUUAUUGGGAUAUACGGUUACAUGUCUCCUGAGUAUGCGAUGGACGGACUUUUCUCUGUAAAAUCUGAUGUUUUUAGUUUUGGAAUCAUGACCCUUGAAAUUAUAAGUGGAAAAAAAAAUGUUGGGUUCUAUAAUCCAAAUCGCGUUUCAAACUUAAUUGGACAGGCAUGGCAACUGUGGUGCGAGGGGAAAGCUAUUGAAUUGGUAGAUUUCACAAUACGCGAAACAGUUUUAGAAGAUGAAGCCACGAGGUAUACGCAACUAGGUUUGUUACGUGUUCAAGAAAUUCCGAAAGAUAGACCAGACAUGUCAGAUGUGAUAUCUAUGAUUAUGCAAGAAUCAACAGAUCUUCCUACUCCCCGACAACCAGCUUUCUCUGCUGUCAUGGGUCUUAAUAAAUCGAACAGUGAUUGUUCAACAAGUACAAAACCUAGUUGUAGUAGCAAUGAGGUGACUAUUUCUAGAGUAGAAGGUCGAUGA